AUACCAGUACUUGCAACUGAGCGCUCAAGUAAGGGAAAACUGUUAGAGCUCUGUUGGCAUCCCAAGUUGAAAUUUAUUUCACCAGUGUCAACUGGCCUUCUAAGGUGCGUCUCCUAGGCUUUUCAGUGCCUGUCUAAGAAGAUUUUUAGUAAAAGGAUUCUGUCGGGUAAAACUUGAUGACCGUUUCAGACUUGAUAUAUACUGAGUUCUUGUUUGACCUAAAAUGUUUUCAUGGCUAAUUUUGGUGGAAAAUUUUAAGUGUAUGAAUCCAGACCAUACAGCUCUGUCCAUAGAGCUCGAUUUAGAAAUGUUACUGGGUUCACUGGCUUUCCAUUUCAGCUUCUUACUUUAGUUAACCUUGAAUAAUUGUAAUUAGAAAUUGAGACUUUUUUUUUUAACCUCUUAAAGUUGUAUGUAGUAAAGGAAUUCUAAGAGGUGAGGGCUUUUGUUGUUUAACCUGACAUUGUGGGUUUAUGUUGUUUUUAAUAGCUUUGUGGUCAGGUGCACAAUAGGAUAGGAUGCGUGUCUGGUUAUCACUGCACUGCAUAAGGGUAUGAUUGGAUUAGGGGCUUGGCUUUCUUGAAGCCUGUUUAUGAUGCUUGGUAAUGUCUGUCAGUGUUCUCCAAAGGGGAAGAGUCAUUUUGUUUUCUCUACCUACUAAUGGAAUUCCAGGUAUUACUUUACUAUGCCAUUUGUGAAGGUUUCCCUAAUACUGAUUUAAUACAGAAUCUUGACGUUUUAAAUGUGAGUAAUAGCAAUUAAUGGAGCAAAAGAGUUACCAGAGCUCGCAAGCAGAAGUUCUCAGUUCUGUAGAGGGGUGUUUUUUUUCUGGCUUUGGCCUCUACUUUUGCUUGCUGCAUUGGAGCCUUUUGAAAUGUUAAAGGCACCUGAAAACUCUCCCUUCAGAGCAUCAGUGAUCAGACUGUGCAUGUAUUUAACAAUGUAUUCAUUGCUUUCUUGACAGUGGGCUCAACCAUUCCAUUUGCAAGACUGCAUUGGGGACCCGGAACUUCUAGUGUAAUGCUUGCACACUGCUCUAACUGGGAGCUAAAAACUAUACCUCAUUGUGUGGAUGGGGAUGUCCGCUUGUAUGGGCACAAACGCCUAACACUAGCUGCUCCAGGCUAACCACCUCCACUUGAGUUAUUACUAGUGAUACUGUAAUACCCAUCUUCAGUGCUGGCAAGUGUAAGGAUGUAAAGCUUUCUUCAUUGUCACCUGAAAACCUUGGGAGCUCUGGCCAGUGCCACGGCAGGGUACGGCUGGGUGAUGCCACAGAACUGAAUGUGACAAGAUGUCCGUCCCGCUCUUUUGCCUAUUAUAUUGUUUCUAGUUUAUCCUCCAGGGAGGAGGGUUUUUUUUAAGUUUCAUGCAGGAUCUUGAUACAGAUAUCUUCUCUCUCUUCCCCCUCCCUUAGGGAGCCCCCUGCUCUCUGCCUGCCUGGGGGAAGAGAUCUUUUUUAGGAACGACACCCACCCUGCUUCUCAUCUCUAACUGCUGGACUUCUUUUCUUCCCCCCUCUAAAUAAGGAUGACCUAAACGAGUUGAAGUCCUGCGACUGCGGAGGGGGAAGCCAGGGUCAGCUUUGAAACAGCGGACCCGGGGUUGGGGCUGUCCGGGUUGUGACGGUGCGCGGGGAGGGCUGGGGCGGGCCACCUGCUGCAGUGUUGCACCGAUCCAAAUAUAUUUUGCUAUGUACGGAAGCAGCCGCACGUGUCUCGUUUCUUUCCAGCAGGGGGAUGAGGGGGAGGGGGAGAGGGGUCUAGUGCGCAGGCGCAGUCCACUUCGGCCCCUCCCCCCGAAGGCUGGGGAGGGGGCCUUCGCGGCGCCGGGUGACCGGGCAGGUGCUCGCCGGACAACUGCGGCCGGGCAGCAGCUCCGCUUGGGGAGGGCAACUGGGGGAGUGAAGAGCGCGUGCGGGAAUGGGAGUGCUAGUGGCUGUUGAGACGGGGGAAGCGCGAGGGGUUGGGCGGUCCUGCUCCCGUGAAGCAUCAUGAAGGGCAGCCGCCGCAACGAAAGCCCCCGUUUCCGUGGCAACCAGCUCAACAGGAAGUGACCCCGGAGGACUUUGUGCGUUGGCUCCGCCCCCCUGACUCGCUGUUUAGUGCCCCGCACGCCUCGUCCUGAUCGCCAGCCGCUGCUGCGCAGGCGCAAGGUUGCCUGCGGACCUGGGGAAGAGGAGGGCGGCGCGUGGCCGGAGCCCGGUUAUUUGAACUGAACUUCCUUGGCUAAAUGAGCAGUAGCUAUUUGCCAUGUCCCACAAUGAAGUACCAGUUCCGGGGCCAUCCUCUGCAUCAAAACCAGAUGGCAGAAAAAUGAAAGGUAUCUCAUCUUUGGUACCUGUCAGUAUGGAAAAUGCAGAGCUGAAAGACAAAACAAGGAUGCUUGACUGUUUAAGGUUUCAUUCUACCUCCCUCCAAAGUCACUUCAUCCCUGAAGAGAUCUUCCGAACGCUGACCUCUGCUGCCAGCACUGUCUAUAACCCUGAAUAUUUACAACCUCCCAAAAAAGGCAAAAGUGCAAAAGAGUUUAAGGGUUUCCUAUGCACUCCAGAUGGGCUCUGGCAUCAUCCUAAUCGGAGAAAUAAGUUCAAGCACCUGACAGACAAUCCUAUCUGCCUGACAGGAGCCGGGAGGGAUGUUUCCUUUCUAUAUGACAUUGCACUUGGAAAAGAUGAGAGAGAGAGGUCCCUGGCAGGCUUUUUCUCUGAGAGGGGUGAUAAACGAACCCAAAAUAAUGCCUCGCCCAUCACUCCUGCUCAGCCAAACAUAGCAGACAGCCUGGUCCCUGAAGAAUUUCACAUUGUGAAGAACAGAGGAGUCAUACCUUUGGAGUAUUUUGAUGAUAAAUACACAACUCUGCUUGAAGAUUGUGAAAAUAGGCUGCGGCUGUUCCCAUCCAUGAAACCAUCUGGGCGACUUGAGGUCAUUCAGCUGAUGAAGGUGAUGGAUAGCAUGCUAGAAAAGGCUGGAGUAAAUGAUGAGACAAUUGGGGUAUUGGAGCCUUCCCAGCUGCACAAUGUACUGAAGGUGCUGAAGGCAGAGCAGAACAUUUACAACAUAGUGUUCCAUGAGCUGAUUCGACAGGUCAGCGUGGAUUGUGCAGAAAGAGGAGAACUGCUUUCCAAACUCAGGCAGAAGUAUGUGAAUUUACUGGAUUGGAUUCCCCAACAGAUGAGGAACCUCUGCGAAGAACUGAUGGCACAACGGGUAAUGGACAAGCACAUUACAGAAGAGUUGCACAAUUUCAAGGAAUCCAUUGGACGGCUGACCAGUGAGCUGCGGGAGGUCCGAGAACACGAUCUCAGAGUCACCAGAGAAGCAGAAUGGGCGCAAGAGGAACUAGCUGCUGCAGUACGGGACUCUGAGCUGAAUGCAAACCUUGUGGAAGAAUAUAGAGAGCUGUAUGAGUUGCAGAGAGUGAGACUUGAGGGCCAGCUGAAGCUGUUAAUUGAAGAGAGAGAAGUCUGGAGCUCAGCUACAUAUGACCUAGCACUGAAAGUGAUAGACAGAAACCAGCUCACACUGGCUCGCAAGCUUUAUCUUAGUGAAAAGGCCUGGACCAAAGUUCUCAAACAUUUUGUACUACUCCUGGCUUCAGAGGAUGUGGCAGAUCUUUCCAAUUUGCAGGAAGAGACAUUAGAAUUCAGGGAACUAUUGGGUCACAUUGAUGAAAAAGUGAGACAUGUUGAAGACUCCACUAGGGAGAAACUGAGACUUGUUCAGAAGGGCCUUUUCAAGUGGCUGCAGUACUUCCAGGAAAAUGUUUUUGGGAAAGCAGGUUUCUCUCAGAUGAAGGAAGAUGUAAUGGAGGGAGUGCUACAAGACCUCAAGAACUUUGGAAAUAUGUUGAAUGAGGACCUGGAGCAAUUUGGAGGGGAUGCACUCCUAGCAAGCAAGGAGACUUUCAAGACUGCUGCCAGGCUGCAGAAACAUUGGACAGAGCUGGGACAAGCAAUGCUCAGUCGCCACAAAGAUGUUAAUGGGCUGAUGCCUCCAGAGUUCACUGUCAUGGAAGAAAUAAACAGAAGUGCAACUAAGCUCUGCCAGCAAUAUAAUAUAAGGAUAAAUGGGGAGAAUGGUGUAACUAGGAUUUUGAUGGGGUUGGUGAGCAGUUUGGAAGAUUGGUUGUUCAAGCAGCUAACCUGCAAGCGGGCAUCUGACAUACGUGAAUCUGAUUGGUUGAAAUUAUAUCAAGUAAUUCCAGAGUGGCUGUCCCAGGUGGAUGCGCUGAUGACCGUUAUAGGUUCCAGUCAGUCUCAUGAGGAUGAGAAGAAUAAAAAGCCACAUGUACCGGUGGCACCAGCGGAUGUAUUUAAGAUGAUUCAGCAAUGGAUCUUGUCUGUGACUAAUGAAACUGAGAAGAACAAUGUGCAUCUUACUCAGGAAGUGGUUGAACUCCACAAAGCUCUGAUCAUGUGGAUGGUGAAUUUGCUGAGAUUGAUGGUACCUGACCGCUUGUCCAGUGAGUGUCCCCUAAGCGAAGAUGCUGAAGCUGCUGAGAGACAGCUCAAAGUGUUUAGUACUUGUAAGCUAGAAGAAGAAGCUGUAAACCUGGUUGCCAAGUUUAGCAGAUUCUCCAGUUACAUAAUUAGCUGCUGCAAGGGGACAGUAGAUGCAAUAGUUCAGAAGAAACAGUCUGAAUUGAGUUUAGAAGCUGAUUAUGAGCGACUGCAGUUGGAAAAGAUUACGACUGAAUGUUUUGACUGGGUUAAUGCAUGUGGACUCCUUCUUUCUGAAGUCAAAGGCUCUCCAGUCUCCUUAUUGAGUUUAGAAGAGCAGACCAAUCUGUUUGGGCCACAGCCCCUACAGCCUGCACCAGAUGCCAGCAGUGAUGGCCCAGCUAUAAGUGGUGAGAUGACUGAGGACACAAUCAGGUAUAUAGGAUAUGAUUCUAACAUCCAUUUGAAAUCUCUGAAGUCAGAAGCAGUGUCAGUCACUGGGAGAGAGAUGACUGCCAGCAAGUCAACAACUGCCUGUUCCCAAAAGGAGUUUGAGACUCUUGCUUUCUUGGAAUAUCUGCAGUCACAGCUUCUAAAAACAGAGACCCGUGCUCAGACAGCAGAGGAGAAAUCAGAAAAAGUGGAGGAGCAACUGGAGAAAGCUCUGGGGAGAAUUCAAGAGUUGGAGAAAGAGCUGGAAAAAUCACACAGGGCCCAAGAAGCAGCAUCAAAACAAAUCCACUUCCAAGAAGAAACCAGUCCAACUUCUCAUACACAGUCUUGCACUGCCCGGUCCAGGAAAGCCAGCAAACACAAAAAAUAAAUAGUAGUAAUGCCUAA